AUGCCAAAGCCGGACGGGAAUGAGGGGGGAACGAUGGGUGAGAGAGGGAAAAAACGGCAUCCGGGGGAACAUGAGAAGGUGGCCACGAUCCGAGAUGGCCAGUCUGCGCAGCUUCUGUGUCCACACAAGUUUCUUAUCUCCGGAUGGAUGGAUUCCUUUAGCAACGAGACGGAUCGGACAGCAACAAUAGCUAGUCUGAGCAUUGAACAAGGGUCUUAUCUACCUGAAACUAGCGUCACCUUAGCGAGGGGAAAGGUCUCUUUUUCGAUUACACUCGCGUUGUAUCAAAAGUGA